UGUUUUAAUCUGACUUUUGGGGGGAUCAUUUUGGAGAGAGGCGAAAAACCGACCCCGACGCCGAAAUGCAGGCUCGUUACUCGGUCUCGGACCCCAACGCCCUGGGGGUGGUACCCUAUCUGAGCGAGCAGAACUACUAUCGGACGGCGGGGACUUACGGCAGCAUGGCGGGCUCCAUGGGGGUCUACUCGGGCCACCCCGACCAGUACGCGGCCGGCAUGGGACGCUCGUACGGGCCUUACCACCCGCACCAGCCCACGGCGCCCAAGGACCUGGUGAAGCCGCCCUACAGCUACAUCGCCCUGAUCACCAUGGCGAUCCAGAACGCGCCGGAUAAGAAGAUCACCUUGAACGGCAUCUACCAGUUCAUCAUGGACCGCUUCCCUUUCUACCGGGAAAACAAGCAGGGCUGGCAGAACUCCAUCCGUCACAACCUGUCGCUCAACGAGUGCUUCGUCAAGGUGCCCCGCGACGACAAGAAGCCCGGCAAGGGCAGCUACUGGACCCUCGACCCGGAUUCCUACAACAUGUUCGAGAACGGCAGCUUCCUGCGACGCCGGCGACGCUUCAAGAAGAAAGACGUCUCCAAGGAGAAGGACGAGGCGCUCCGCGACCGGCACCUCAAGGAGUCGGCCAAGGCCGCGGAGCAAGCCAAGGACGCGCCCGGCAGCAACGCCGCCCCGACGCCUGCUUCGGCGGCGGCCGCCCCGUCGGAGAAGAAGGUGGUGAUCAAAAGCGAGGCCUCGUCCCCGGAUCUGCCCAUCAUCACCAAAGUGGAGACGCUGAGCCCGGAGAGCGGCAGCGCCCUGCAGGACAGCCCGUGCAGCGUGGCCUCCACGCCGUCGGUGUCCACCGAGGGCUCGCUGCCGGGAGACCACCCCCACCACCCGCACCACCCGCACCACCACCCGGCCGCCUCCUCCUCCUCCGCCGCCACCAACGGGCUGUCGGGCUUCAGCGUGGAGAACAUUAUGACCCUGCGGACUUCCCCGCCGGGCGAAGUCAGCCCCGCCGUCGGGGGCCGGCCGGCCGGCCUGGUGCCUUCCUUGCCCCUGGGCUACGCCCAGGCGCAAGCCUCGUCCAUCUACAGCCAGGCCUGCAGCCAGGGCGGCCUGGGCGAGGCGGCGGGGGCCAGCUACCAGUGCAGCAUGCGCGCUAUGAGCCUGUACACGGGCGAGCGCAACGCGCACAUGUGUGCGCCCGCCACCUUGGAAGACGCCGCCGCGGCCUCCCUGUCCGAGCAGCCGCCGGCCAACGGCACCUCCUCGCCCCUGGCCACCAUGAACUUAGCCUCGGGGCCGCAGCAGCAGCAGCAGCAGCAGCAGGAAGGGACCCUCACGCCCAGCCACCAGCAUCACCACCACCACCACCAUCACCACCACUCCCCUCUCGCCCACCACCAGGCCGGCGGCGGGCAAGCUGCUGCCGCCGCCGCCGCCGCCUCGUGGUACUUGAACCACGGCUCGGAGAUCAACCACCACCUCCCGGGCCACGCGUUCGGCGCGGCUCAGCAGCAGAGCUUCCCCAACGCCCGGGAAAUGUUCAACACUCACCGGCUGGGGCUAGAGACCUCGACGGCGCUGGCCGAGCAACAGGUGAGCACCAACUCCACCUGUCAGAUCCCUUACCGAGCGGCGCCCUCCAUUUACCGCCACGCCACCCCCUAUUCCUAUGACUGCGCUAAGUAUUGA